UCUUGAAAAGAUUUCUUGUCAGGAUAUGCUGUGCGUUACUCUUUUGAACAAUCAUUCUUAAGGCUUACCCGUUGAGUUUAUCGCCGUUUUGGCUAACAAGCACGGACCGCUGAGAAAACAACAAACAUGGCGCCGGAUAGAUUGUUUUCAAAAUCCUCAACACGACUUCUAUUUUUUGGACUGUUUCUAAGUCUUUUCGUGUUAUACAUUGGGAUAAAAAUAAACAGUGUUGUUUCUUCUUCAAAACUUGAAACCCAAAGCAGCUGGUGGUCAUGGCUUUUUGCAUUCAGAGAAAGAUCAACACUGUCGCUGACAGAUCCACAUCUCUACAGUUAUCUUAGUACUGCCAUACAAGAUGACCUAGCUAGUAUAUGGAGAAUGUGCUGUGAUGUUUUUGAUAGUCUUGUGACUUCAAACAGUGCAGUGUUCAAUGAUUUCCGAGUUUUAAUGGUGUUUCUAGCAUCUCUUUCAAUAAUACUCCUCAGCAAUGUGGUGUUUUGUUAUGGAUUCAUGAAAAAAUCAAAGAAAAAAAACGACCAAAUGAAAAACUGCGGCACUGGUGAAGGUGAAACAUGUAGCUUACAGUGUACAAAGAAUCCUUCUUCCAAUGAUAGACUACACAAGAAUAUGUAUCGGUACAGCACAAAGAAGUAUGUGUCUCGUUGGCUUAUUGGUGUAGGAUUUAUGUGUUUCUUGCUCAGUAUACCUUGGGAAUUUGUCCGUCUGUACCAAUCAAUGGUUGCAGAAAAAGUCACACAGAUGAAUACCGGAAUACCAGUAGAAUGCAUGCCAGAUCAGAUGACCAUUCUCCAGUCUGUUCAGUCCUGGUUGCGAUGGCAUUUCUCAUGGUCACCAGACCCCUGUCUUCAGUACCACAAAGCUCUUCUUGUAGAUCCAGUGUGGCAUGUCUCACCUCUAAUGGUUCUGUCUUCGGCGUUUUCCCAUUGCAUUCUUCAUCCAUGUGAACUCCUGCUGGGCGGUCUUGGAAGAAGUUUGCGAGUUUUCUUCAGCGAGAUUCCAUCCCCUUGGCAACUUCCAUUACUCAUCAUAAUCGUGUGUUUCCUGCUGCUCAUUGUUAUUAUGUGUUUUGGGUACAGGCUACAUCUGCCUCUGUUGUUCAAGAUAGAACCCAAAACACCAGUGUAUAUUCAAGUCCACAGACAGAAGAAAUAUGUUAAACUUAGGGAGCAACAGUUGAACUUUUCAAUAGAGUCGAGCCCGUCUCAAAAUUAUUCGGAUACUUUUUCAAACAGUACAGAUUAUUCUGAUGAAAGUCAGAUGUGAUAAUGACUGUAUGGUUUUCAUCAGUUCUGUGAAAUUGGAUGGUGUCAUAUUGUAUUUUUACUUGUUUUCAAUAAA